GACGUCAAUAGGCAACGAGUGUCGCUGCCUCGAGACAGAUGGAUAUAUUUCCAACAAAAUCGAACAAUAUAGUGUACGACAUGUUUCCAUAUAUGCGUGGCAAGUAAUGGUAGAUUUGUUUGUGUUUGAGGAACUACUGCUAAUACCGCCAAAGUGUUUGUUGUCAUAAUGCAUAACAGGUUUUUCCAAGGGCAGGUGUGAGACUGCUAUGUUUACAGACAUGGACUUUGAAUUAGAGGAGGAUAAAUUAGGGAUCCCAACAGUACCUGGGACUGUGUCUCUGAAAAAAGAUAAAAAUAACCUGAUUGGGAUCAGCAUUGGUGGCGGGGCACAAUACUGUCCAUGUCUCUAUAUUGUUCAGGUGUUUGACAACACACCGGCAGCCCUGGAAGGGAUGCUUGCAGCAGGUGAUGAAAUCACUGGUGUGAAUGGCAAACCAGUAAAAGGAAAGACAAAAGUAGAAGUGGCCAAGAUGAUUCAAGGUGUACAGGGAGAAGCAGUAAUCCAUUACAACAAAUUGCAAGCAGAUCCAAAACAGGGAAAAUCUCUGGAUAUAGUGCUGAAGAAAGUCAAACAUCGGCUCGUAGAGAAUAUGAGCUCUGGCACUGCAGACGCUCUCGGGCUCAGUCGAGCUAUUUUAUGCAACGACGGACUUGUAAAAAGACUAGAAGAACUAGAGAAAACGACAGAGCUUUACAAAGGUCUGAUGGAGCACACCAAGCGACUACUCAGAGCCUUUUUUGAGCUUUCACAAACCCACAGAGCAUUUGGUGACGUGUUUUCCGUCAUCGGAGUGAGAGAGCCCCAAGCUGCGGCCAGCGAAGCAUUUGUCAAGUUUGCCGAUGCUCACCGCAGCAUCGAGAAGUACGGCAUUCAGUUACUAAAGACCAUCAAGCCCAUGCUGCACGAUUUGAACACCUACCUUCAUAAAGCCAUACCAGACACAAAGCUCACUAUUCGCAAAUAUCUGGAUGUGAAGUUUGAAUAUUUGUCAUACUGCUUAAAAGUGAAGGAAAUGGAUGAUGAAGAAUAUAGCAGCAUAGCUAUGGGAGAACCUCUGUAUCGCGUAUGUACCGGGAACUACGAGUACCGUUUAGUUCUGAGGUGUCGGCAGGAGGCUCGCGCUCGCUUCGCUAAGAUGAGGAAAGACGUACUGGAGAAGAUAGAACUUCUGGAUCAGAAACACGUCCAGGACAUAGUUUUCCAGCUCCAGCGCUUCGUGUCAGGCAUGUCCCGUUACUACGACGAGUGCUACGCCGUGCUCAAGGACGCUGACGUGUUCCCCAUCGAGGUGGACCUCUCCCGCACCACCAUCAACUACAGCGGCCAGUCGUUUGCCUACACUGAUGAGGAGGAGGAAGUGCAGGAUUGCGGGGGAAGAGCGGAGGAAGGAGGAACCUGUGAGGGCAUCCAGGCGGAGAACGGAAGCGAGAAGUUAAUUGAUGACGAAUGAAUGAAUGAAAGGUCACUACGUGUUGGACAUGAAGAAUUUUGUCCAUCUGACUCGGUUCCUUGUUGCUAUCAUGUCGUUUUAACAUACUGAUUUUCACUAGAGCGAUCCAGACCUGAGAUGGGUGAAGACUACUGAAAAAUAAUGCUGGUGUCCUUCAUGUUCUCUUUUAAUCUUCUUUUUGGAAUAUUUUUCUUUAAUUUUUGUCCCAUCCAUCAGUUUGUUUCUGCAUGAUUUUGACUUUGGCAGAAAAGACAAGAGUAUGAAUGUUAAAGGUUUUGGCUGCUAUAGAGUAGGACUCCUCUGAUUUGAGUUGUGCCUUCUAAUUUAUUCUUGUGGAAAUGUGGCAGAUCUGGACUCCGCUGUGUACUCCGUAUCAGUUCACUAGUGGUUGUGAUUGUUUUUUUUUUUUUAUUUACUUCAAAGUUAGACCGACAAAGGUGGUGCCAUAGCUGUUAUACCUCUCAUUUUUAAUUGUUUUAAAAUGUUUUCAGGCACAUUUUAAGCUGCAUGACAAAGGGAUCUCAUGUAAAGCUUCACAACCAAAGUCUUUAAAGCUGAUCGUUCUGUCACUGUACACUACUUGUAAUACGAACUUCCUCUUUAUUUAAAAAAAAAACUUCAGUUUAAGUGUAAGAUUGGAAAAGAUAUUGGAUGCUUGUGCAUAAAAUGCAAACUCUACUUGUAAAUAACAAAGGGAAAUAUUGCUGCAUUUUAA